AUGAACUUCUCCGACAUUGCUCCUGAGAUCCGGCAGAAAAUCUACCUAAAACUCCUCGUUCACCCAGAGUCAACUGACUUCGUAGCAGACCGCGGCCCUCCAUCGCCGCCCCUCUUUCGGCGCCAAAGAGAUGGGCUUUGUCCAGCUAUUCUCUGUGUUAGCAAAAUGAUACACCGCGAGGCCAGUCCACUACUCUACUCCCAUAACCGCUUUCGAUUCCCGGAAGUAUUCACCUCCGCACCAUCUGCGUCCACCAGCGCUCACAUCCGCCCAUUUUUCGACCAAAUCGGGUCUUAUGCAAGCCAUAUUCGCCAUAUCUGCGUACCUUUCCCUAGCUUUGACUAUCCGCAGCCUACUAGGGCUUUACUUCACGAAGUACAUAUCAAGAAUCUAGAACUCAUCCGUGACACCUGUACAGGUGUCGAGACUCUCGAACUAUCGGUUCCACCCGAACACUGCAACUACGCGCUCAGCCAUUCUGUGAUCGCAGCGGAGGCAUUAAAUCUACUCGACAUGCACUUCAAGAGUAUUCCUUCCUUGAAAGAGAUCAUCGUCAAUUUAAAUAUGUACCCUCAGAGGGCCCCAAGCGAUGAUCUAACGAAGAAGAUGAAGAACUAUGGCUGGACCGUUAAGGUCACAGAGCUCCCAAAGAAGGUUUGGAUAUCCAACGAUGAUCGAGUCGAAUUCGAUAACGAAGAGGAUUGCAAUGCAUACGAUUCCGAACAGUUCCGAAUAGAAGAGGAGCGGGAUUGGUUGGAAGAGUAUUAUUGUAGAAGACGCGACCCUUACUGGAAAAAAGAUUCAGACUAUGACUGA